AUGUCCGCCGGCCUGCUGAAGCCCGAGAAGGACUUCACCAAGGAUGCCGACAAGCUCAUCCCCGAGGCUGAAAGCCUCGCAAAGACCGAUGUCCAAGGCGCCGUUGAUAAGCUGUUGGGUCUGGAGAAACAAUCCAGACAGGCAUCCGAUCUUGCCACUACCUCGCGACUCCUUAUUGCCAUUGUCACAAUUAGCAAGAACUCCGGCGACUGGAGCCUUCUAAACGACCAAGUGUUGCUCCUCUCCAAGAAACAUGCCCAGCUCAAGCAGGCCACAACGAAGAUGGUGCAGACGGUGAUGACAUUCCUCGAUGAUACACCGAACCUGGAAGUCAAGAUGUCUGUGAUUGAGACCCUGCGCACAGUGACCGAGGGAAAGAUCUUUGUUGAAGUAGAGCGAGCCCGCGUUACCCGUAUCCUUUCGAAUAUCAAGAAGACCCAAGGUGAUCUCAACUCAGCAGCAGACAUCCUGUGUGAGCUUCAGGUGGAGACUUUUGGUUCAAUGACGAGACGCGAAAAGACAGAAUUCAUCCUGGAGCAGGUCUCUUUGUGCAUCGAGCGCGGAGACUGGACCCAGGCCCAGAUUCUCAGCCGUAAGAUCAACAAGCGGUACUUCAACCGCAAGCCAAAGAAGUCCGCCGAGCAGAUUGAGAAGCUCAAACAGGAGGCCGAAGAGCGGGAGAAGACUCGUGCGCCCGAUGAGGCGCCUAUGGAGGUGGAUGACGAUGUCACAGAUCUCAAGCUCCGUUACUUUGAGCAACAGAUCAUCUUGGCAAACCAUGACAGCAAAUACCUCGAGGUUUGCAAGAAUUACCGGGAGGUUUUGGACACAGAAGCUGUUGAGAAGAACCCAGAACAACUGCGUGCAUCACUCGCCCGAAUUGUGUACUAUGUUGUGCUGGCCCCCUAUGAUAAUGAACAAUCCGACCUUCUGCACCGCAUCAAGCAAGACACCCGGCUGUCACAAGUCCCCGAGGAAGCUCGCCUGCUGAAGCUGUUCACCAUCCCCGAGCUGAUGCGCUGGCCCAUGGUCGCUGAACAAUUUGGUCCUCACUUGUGUAACACCGACGUCUUCGACGCCGAGGCAAAGCAGUCCACUGACAACGAGGCCAACACAAGGUGGCAAGAUCUGCGCAAGCGGGUCAUUGAGCACAAUGUCCGUGUAGUGGCCAAAUACUAUACUCGCAUCGAGAUGAGCCGUCUGACCCAGCUCUUGGAUCUGACCGAGGAGGAAACCGAGAAGUACAUCAGCGACUUGGUCACCUUGAAGACCAUCUACGCUAAGAUUGACCGUCCCGCGCGGUUGGUCAACUUUGCCAAACCCCGGGACGCGGACGACGUUCUGAACGAGUGGAGCAGUGACAUGAAGAACCUGCUUGGCCUGCUUGAGCGGAUUGAUCAUCUCAUUACCAAGGAAGAGAUGAUGGCCCGCAUCCAGCCAACCCGCAGUGACAUGGGCAAGGCGCAUUAA